CAUAUUACAUGACAAUCAUUUCUUUCCAAGAACAAGAAUCAUUCAUUCAACAUCUUUUUCUUUUUUCAAUUUUCCCGCUCUUGAGUUCCCUCCUUUCAAACUAUACCAUAAAAACACUUCACACACACAUGCAUAGGUAUAAUAUCUAACAUGGGAAACUGCUUGUUGGGUGCAAUGUCAGAUCCACACACAUUGAUCAAAAUCAUAACAUCGGAUGGUAACAUCAUGGAGUUCUAUCCUCCAAUUACACCAAAUUUCAUCACACAUGAGUUUCAAAGCCAUGCCUUAUUCCCAACCAAUGACCACUUUUCUAAACCACUUUGCCAACUUGAUGAGUUGGUGGCAGGAGAGUCAUAUUAUUUACUACCGAUGACUGUCCUGCCACCUAACAAUAAAACCGCCGUGGGUGACAACAGCGGCAGCAUUAUUGUCCGGCAAGGACAUGUUAGGUCUCAAAGUGUUCCUACAGCACCUCAUCCUACUCCAUAUAGAAUGUCAUUGGAUUACCAAUACUAUCAAGGUGUAGGGUUGCUUCAAAAGGCAUUAGCAGAAUCCUUCUCUUGUAGGACUAGUAGAAGCAGUGUUAAUCACAAAAGCAGUAUUAGUAAAAAAAGAAAGAGUAUUGGGGUUUGGAAAGUGAAGUUGGUGAUAACUCCUGAAAAGUUAUUGGAAAUUUUGUCACAAGAGUCUCAAACAAAAGAUUUGAUUGAGAGUGUGAGGAUUGUAGCCAAAUGCGGUGUUGCUGCUGCUGCAGCAUCUGAGGGUGGUUGUGGAAUUUCAUCUACAACAAGAAGCUUUGUUUCUGAUCAAUGGAGUCUUUCUAGUAGUGGUAGGAGUAUUGCUCCUUCUAAGAUUGAUGCUUUAGUUCUAAACACUUAAAAAAAAACAUGUUUGAAUUUACUAAUUUGAGUUUACCUGCUCGAAUAAGCAUAUAUAUGUGUGAGAUUCAUUACAAGAGUUUAUAGAAACAACUUAUUUUAAGGUAGUUUAUGAAAAUAGUUUAUAAAUUAUAUGAAAGAAUUUGACUUUA